GGCCUCACGGGGCGCGAGGCAUGGCGGUGGAGGGUGGCAGCGAGUGUUGAGGAGAGGAGGGCGCUACGACUCUACUCCAUAUGUAUUAGAGCAGCAUCGAGGUUGGCCUCAAUGCGGUGCAAUGCCGCCCGUCAAGGGGCGGGAGAUUCGCUACUUCAUGCGCUUGGCAGGCACACAGCCAUCCACAUCCACAUCCCCACUACCGCCCACUCCGCCCAGACCUUGGUCUCGCAUUCACAUUCGCUGGCCGGCCCGUUUCCUUUUGACUCCACCAUGACCGCCACCUGCUCUUCUGCCCGAAUGUGUUGUUCUUGUGCGCUUGCUCAGCGCUGCGGUUGCGACUCCGACGACGCGUCAUUCUCUUCACGCCAAAGCUGA